CUAUUGUUAUCUUCUUGCAUCAAAUUUUUAUUCUUGGUUCUUUCUCGCAAAAGGGUUCUUGAUUUUUGAUAAUUAAUUGUGAAAUGAAUUUGGUUUAGAGUGUUCGUGGUGGUUAAUUUACGUAUCGCAUGCUGAAUUAUUGAACCAUCUUUGAAGAAGUGCUUCAUUCAUGGCUGGAUUUACAGAAUCUUCAUUAUCAAAAAAAUUGGAAGAUUUGAAUGCCUCUCAGCAAAGCAUUGAAACUCUGUCAUUAUGGUUAAUUCAUCACCGAAAACAUUACAGUACUAUUGUGAAAACGUGGAUGAGAGAAUUGAUCGGCGCCGAAGAAAGCCGACAGCUGACUUUGAUGUAUCUAGCGAAUGAUGUUAUCCAGAAUAGCAAAAAGAAAGGACCAGAAUAUGGAAAACAAUUCGGCACCGUUUUGAAAAAAGCUUUCGAAAUAAUGGGCGGAGAUUCUUGCAGCGAAAAAACUCGCAAAAGUUUGACUCGUCUUUUAAAUAUAUGGGAAGAAAGAGGAGUGUAUUCGAAAGAAUUGAUAGACGAAUUUAAAAAUGCACUAGGUGUUGGCAAAAGGAAAAGCAAAAGUCGAGAUACUUCACCGCCGAAGAAGAAGGUAAAAGUUAAAGAAACUAAACCCAAACCAGUCAACAUUGAAAAAGAACCGCAACAACAAACGUAUAUUAAAGAGGAUAAAGAUGGUUCGAAAGAGUUACAUGUCACUUUAUCUCCUGCUACGGAUGUAAUUGAUCCACCAGAGCCGGAGGAACUGAUCAAAGCGUUAAUGGAUCUUGAAAAUUCUGCUUCAAGUGAUGCUACAGUUCGAGAAAAAAUUGCCAAUUUGCCCCCGGAAGUUUCCGAAAUAAAUUUACUGUCCAGAUUGGAAGAUAGAAGAAUGGCCGAAACGUUAUUACGGCAAGUGAACGAGGCUAUUACGUUACUGUCGGAUUAUAAUUCAAGGCUUGUAAACGAGAUGAGUGAACGAAAAAAGGUAGCUAGUUUGCUGAGAGAUUUCAUUCAAUCCCAAAGGGGUUUAUUAAUACAAGCCGAGAACAGAUUACAGGAAUGUAAAGAGAAGUUCAAGAAAAUAUAUCAAGUACGAAACGAAGUUAAAAAUAGACUGCAGAAUUUACCUGAUUUACAACAGUUGCCCAACGUUACUGGAGGAUUAGCACCUUUACCAUCUGUUGGAGAUUUAUUCAACGUUUCUUAAAAUGUGGGUGCUUAUAUUCACACGUAUCGUACCACCUCCCUUCUAUUGUCUGUUGUAGUAUUAAUCGCCGAUUCACGUGAAGAACAAUCUUCUGGAAAACUGUUGUAAAUUCGCGGUGUAAUAUUGUUUUUUUCUAUUCCUGUUUACUUCGCUUCUUAUCUAUCUGUUCUUUGAAUAAUCGUGUUUAUUCUAUUUAAGAAUACUUUUCAAACUGCACACCUUCUAUAGUACUGCAGGCAGCGCUAGGAACUUGUAAAUUUUUCGUAGUAUUAAAAUCUCAUUUGCGGAUGAAUGAGUGUAUUUUUUCAAGAGGUUUAAAAUGCAAGAUUCGCUUAAUUUAAGAACUGCUUGAGUACAUUUCAUUCUGAAUGAAAUUAUUUUAUAGAGGCUUUUGCGUUAAAUUAUUUUUAACUAUUGAAGUUUAUAUCAUGACCAUGUACUAUAUAGUUGAUGAUAAUAAUAAUAAUUUAUAAUAUGAAAUAA